UAAUCAAUUCUCUGCUUUCUUCAUCCUUUUAUAAUCCCUCUUAUUCUCUCUUCAGAAUUGAAUAAAGUAAGCUUCCCUACAAGUGUUAGGAACACAGACGCUCAGUGCCAUUUCUAAUAUCAGCAACAACCUUAAACUCGUCAGGUUUCGAACAGCAGGAGACAUUGCAUCCCCAUGAAAUCAGUCAAUCUGAUAACUUCCGUAGUCGGUACGCUAUGGCCAGUGGUGACAGAUUUGUGGGAAGCAUGGGGCAUCCAAUUGCUGGUCACCGCGGGCCUUGCUUGCCGGAUCGCCCUCGCCAUCCUCGGCCGCUGGCGGAGGUACAUGACCUCUAUCAGCCUCAGAUACAUCAUCCUUGCCGCCUACUUGCUCUCUUCUUACAUUGCGACCAUCGCCAUUGGCAAGCUCACCGUCAUCCAGAUCAAUCAUCCCGAUCGACCGGACUACAUUACUGAGCUCAAGGGGUUGUUGGCGCCCUUGCUCUUGAUGCAGCUCGGGAACCCUGAUUCCAUAACCGCCUACUCGGUCGAGGACAACCGGCUCAGCGUCAGGCAGAUGCUCAAUAUGUUGGUCACUGUCGUUUUUGUCGUCUGGAUCCUGAUUCGCUGCUGGGACAGCUCGUCACCCGUCCCGCUUUUGUACUUCCCCUUGUUCGUCACCGGGUUCAUUGAAUCUGCAGGGAGUGUCUGGGCUCUCAAGUCUGUGUACUGGGAGAGGUCGAGCAUAUUGGCCAAGGAUAUCUUCGACACAAAAGCUGUCGCCAAGUUCUUUGACGAGAGAGCUCCGCACGAGGUGCCUGGAUGGGUGAUGAAGCAAAAUAUCAUCUUGAAGGCGUACUAUCGAUUCGAUUGCUUGAAGCCCCACAUUAUAAACUGGCUCUACCACCCCGAUUGGCUAGCUAAUUCUCGAUUAAUUGUAGACCCCGAUUUAGCCUUCAUUACAACUGAGAUCGAACUUGGAUUCAUGUAUGAUGCACUUUACACCAAGAAACCGAUUCUUUGUAAACGACUUGGUCUUAUCAGCCGCUUCAUUAGCUUUCUAUGUCUAGUCUCGGCCUUGUGUAGAUUUGCCAUUAUUUUCCAGGAUGCCUUCUUGAUCGACAGGUACGUUGGCUACACUUACGCAUUACUGAUGGGGGUCACCGCCCUAGAAGGUUACCAAAUCGUUCUGCAACCUUUUUCGGCAUGGGCGAUCGCGGUGAUGAGCCAGCACCAAAGCAACCCCCUUGUGUCGACGAGGCUGUUGAACUUCGUAGUUGAAUUGUACAUGAAGCGGAAAAGGUGGUCGAACUCAAUCGGGCAACUCGGCUUAUUGGAUCCUCGCCUGUACAACGAAUGGCCGUGGCGCACCAGAAGAAUCCUCAAACUCGUCGGCAUGAAAGAGGUGACCUUGAGAAGGUAUUUGAUUCACUCUCGCCUGAAAAUCCGCCCUUCUCUCAAGACAUUGCUGGUGGAAAGUAUUGAAAAGCUCGAAAAGUUGAGAUGCCAAAAGCCCUUCUCGAAACGCGGGGAGUGGAUGCUCGAAGUUCACAAACUCGGCGACGAUCAAGUGUUGAAGAAGUACAUCUCAAAAUUUACAUUCGACAAAAGCAUCAUCAUUUGGCACAUGGCAACCAAAAUCUGCCUCUUUUCUGCACCCGAGAAGUCUCAGUACUGUGAAGGAAGCGAGCUGCUGUCCAAUUACAUGAUGUACCUUUUAGCACUGCGACCGUACACGCUGUCCCUAACGACUUCCGACAUCACGUUGGAGCAUGCCCGGGCCAUAUUGAAGCCAUUUCUCAGGUACAGAGACCACGAUGAGGCCUUGAGAAUUCUGUCGUCGACAGAAGAGAUCGUGCUCGAACCGCACCUGGAUCCGAAGGAGGAGACCAUAAUCACCACGAAAUGGCACGUGCUGAUAGACGCGAAGGAAUUGGCGGCGACGUUGAAGGACAAAGAGAACAUGUGGCAGAUCAUAAGCGGCAUCUGGGUGGAGAUGUUAUGCUACGCUGCGUAUAGCUGUCAAGUUUACCAUCACGCCAAGCUGUUGCGGCGAGGCGGAGAGCUUAUAACUCAUGUUUGGCUGCUCUUGAUGCAUGAGACCGAUAAGUACUCCCACGCUCCCAAGGCCAACGCCACCAAAGAAACCAAAGGAAAGGCCAGGAGUGAAUCCUGAUCCUAGGAUUUAUCAUUGUCUACACCAGAUUGUAGUGUGUUUGUGUUUGGGUUUGGGCUUGUUCGUUCUCUGUUUUUCCUUCGGUAAAGAGGUGUUUUCUUUACAUUCCCUUGCCUAACAUUGCUUGUAAAAUACAUUUUGUUCUCUUUGCUAACGAGUUCACUCUAUGAACUUGGUAACAACAAAGAAAUCGAGAUUGGCGUGCGCGCUUGA